AAUGAACGUCUAGACAGACACCUUGACAAAAGAGGUGGGCUAAAACUGGCUCCGAUACCAUGAUAGAAUUUAUGAUGAGGUCUAGCUAGCUAUAGAAAGAUGUCGCAGCCGGUACCUUUGUGCCAGAUGGGCACAAUGAUGUACUGACUAGAGCUUUAGGGACUGCCGAGCACCCGGGGCGGACGAGGGGUGUUGGGUCAUAUUCCGGCUUACGUAAAGUUUUCAAAGGCAACAUGAAGCCUCGUAAGCCUGAAGGUAACUAUAUGACUCAGGAGGAUCUUUUGCAGCGUCUUCCUUCCCUUUUGCAGCAGUAUGUAGUAUCUGUGUCCGGGGGUGCUCCAGACUUUGCAUCCAUGUCGCAGCACACACAUUCUGUAGCACCUCAUUAUGGGCAGCGUAGUAGCAAGGCAUCUACAGUUGCUGCUUGUUACUUGAGGAUCUCUGAUCCACCUGAUUAUAUAGUGGCACAUGGAUCGGUUUUCCCAUGUGCACCGGGAGAUGUGGUGCACAGUGCUCCCCUCCUUCCUCACCAGCCCCUGGUGCACACGGCUCGACAUGGUGACUUCUCAUCAAGCAAAUCUUGUCCUAUUCUCGGCGUACGCCCCACUGCUCCUCCUAGCUCUCCCGUACAGGAUGUUGACCGGAGCUCAUAUGUCUCAUUCGGGCCGAGGUGCAGAGAGGUUUGUCAGUGGCUAACACGCACAUCUACUUUGCCUACUAUCAGCGUCAUUCUUGAUCCGGAGUGCAUGCUCUAUCCGGAGGAGACGAAGCUGAGGAUGCGUCUGGAGAAUAUACUUGAGUUCAUGCGAUGGGAGGUGGUCGAUCAGACCAUCAUCAUUGUUUUUUUGAGGAACGGUACAUGCCUCAGCUUAAGGCUCGACCGGAUUGGGUUGAUGUUCCCGGAGUACCUCAACAAGUAGGGGGCAUUGAGUGUGGUUACUAUACCAUGCGAUGAAGUGUUUAUCAUGUGUUCACAAUGUUCUUUACCGUUAUCCGAUGUGUUGGGAAAAAUAUUAUAGAUUUUGAUGAUGAUGUAUUUAGAUUGUAAUAGGAACUUUAGGUCUCCCCCAAUAUUCAAUGUAAUUUUUCUUUUUAGAAAUAUUGUUAAAACCGAGUUCUUGAGAUUUCCAAUAAAGUUGUGAUAUUUCACUAUGUGGUUUGAUGUCAAUCUUUGAAGACUUAAUCAAAUUCAGUGAUAUGG